AUGGCUAACAGCGACAAAACACCACCCGCAUGGACGACAGAAAUCUACAACGACGAUAACCACGCUGUUUUAUUAGACGAGUGGAUUAAGCAAAAGGGCGGCUGGCAGGUUGUUUUCGAUCAGCUUGCUCAAUUGGAUCUGAAACCGUAUGACGAAUCGCCCAGCGCAGAUAUUGAAAUUCCUGGCGAAAAUGGACCGGUUUGGGCUGACUUGGAAGCCAAAUUCUUUGAAAAAGAGCCUCUACAACGAUGGCUAUCACAGGAGCCAAGCUUCUCAGGAACGACAGCGACAAGCAGAAAACAACAUGAUGACCAUGAAAAUGUUGAUUCGCCAUUAAUCUCUUCACCAUCGACAUCUUACACGCAGCAACUUGGGUAUGACCUCGGUGCACUCCUUGAAUACGACGAACAAAAUAAAGAUGGUUGCGAAAUGCCUAUCAGCAGUAGCAUAACCAGCGACGACGAAUUUGACCAUGCACCAAACAGUGAUGGAGCAAACAACAACGGUUUGUUCAUAUCCGACCAUGAUGUUCAGUGGCACGAUAACAUUCCAAAAGCGACUAAAGCAGAAGCAGCAAAGAAGGAUGUAGAAAGGAAAGCUUCAAUGUAUAUCGACGCACUUGCAGGCAUACGAAGAGUUAAUGAAUAUGCCGGAAAGCGACGACGAUUGGACGACUUGACAGAUGUCACCGACAAUAAGCAGCACGAGCAUGAUGAUAUCGAGGAAAUGAAAUAUAAUAUAUUUUCAGAAGAAAAUCAAAAAGAGGAACCCGUCGUCGCUGCUGAUUCUGAUGGUGCAGCAUACAGAAGCUCGCCGGAUGGAGCGCGUUUGUUGCCAAUCAGCCCCUCAGCAUGUAGCGAUUACUCGGCAAAAACAAUGACAACAACACAAGGAAAGCUCUUUGCUCCUCGAAAACUGGCUUCGCCACUAAAUAUACCCUCAACAGCAACAUCUCUUCGUACUAGUGAUACGUUAUUUUUCGUGCCAAGAAAUACUCCCUCUCACUAUCCCCCAUCUGCUGAUCAAAGUACAACAACUACAACUAUGAUCGCCAAUACCUUCCAAUCGCCUAGUAUUCCUAUUUCACCUGCUCCUGCAGGAAAGGGAAAGCUGAUUUCACGCUGUGGGCAAGCCUCGACAUCAAUGCAGACACAGCACCAAAACGGCAACCCACGAGCAUCACCACUAUCGACAUCUCUAGAAUAUCGCACUACUGCUUUCCAUCCACGACAUGAUAUCAACAACAACCAGCGAGCAACUGUCGCUUAUAAGAGUCCAGAACCAUUUAUACAAACAGCUUCGUCUUUUGAGCAGUUCUUGACGGCAACCGGCUGCUAUUUGAAAAAGAGGAGCAGCAGGCCCACGACCGCUUCUAAUGUUCAAAAUAUUCCACAUCAACAGCAACAACAAGAACGAAGCAGCAUCGUUUCAAGCUCUAUGCAGCCUUUAGCGUCUUCGGGUAACGAUUGGAAGCUGGCUGGUCCAAGCAUCAGUAUUGCUCGUGGACGUGGUGGUUUCUCUGCAGGUGCGAAUGUUAGCGACUUUGUUGCCAUGCGCAAGCUUACCAAAGGGAACGGACCUCAUCUACAAACACCAGCCCGGCCACCUAUGCAUCAUCAACAACGCCAAAGUCGGAACAGUAGGGAUAAUAUCAAAGCUUUCUGUGAAUUGCGUGGACCAUAUAGUACGAUGGAUGAGAAGUAUGAAUUUGAUGAAGAGACAUAG